AUACAUCCAUUAAAAACCGUGGUUUAAAGGCAAUUUUAACUCUCAGUUAUAAUUACCAUUCUAAUUUUAAACUAAAUUUUAUGUCUUACCAUCAGAAUGGUCGUUAAAUCAAAUCAUCAUCGGAGCAACCGGUCAAUACCAAUCAACUGGAGAAACGUUAUUUGCCGGUCUGAUCAAAUAAGUGCUGGUAACUCUCACAGAAACAAAAUAUCUACUCGUAAAUACACUUGGUUCAGUUUUAUACCUAGAAAUUUAUUUGAACAAUUUCAUCGUUUGGCGAACUUUUAUUUUCUAGUUUUAUCAAUAUUACAGUUAGUUUUUGCUGGACCCUUUAGUCCAACCACAUCCAUAUUACCAUUAUUGUUUGUGAUUGGGACAACGGCAAUCAAACAGGCAUACGAAGAUGCACUUAGACAAAAGAGUGAUUUGCUGGUCAAUCUACGUAAAAUACCAGUUUUGGUGGGACAACAAUUUAAACGUAUCCGCUCGGAAAACAUUAUUACCGGUGAUAUUGUCAAGUUGCGGUCACACCAUGAGAUUCCAUGUGAUUUGGUAUUUAUAUCAUUUACCAAUGAACCAGUAAAGGCUGGAAUAAUUACUGCUAAUCUUGAUGGUGAAACCAAUCUUAAAGUGAAAGAUUCAAUUCCAUUACCCGGAGAUGUUAUUGGAAAGAAAGAGGCAACAAUUGAUUUUCAUUGGGAAACACUCAAUGGUACCAUAAUUGUUGAAGAGCCACAUGAAGAUCUUUAUGAGUUUGUUGGCGUCCUCAAAAUGGGCCCAUUAAAUGUCUCUCUAGGACCAAAUAAUUUAUUAUUGAGAGGAUCUCGACUUGUAUCACCAGACCAUGUUUACGGGAUUGCUGUUUAUGUUGGUGUUGAGACUAAAAUGGCUUUAAAUAGUAAAAUUAAGGCUAAUAAAUUUACAUCCAUUGAAAGACGGGUUAAUGUUUACCUUGUUGGCUAUUUUAUAAUCCUUUUCUUGAUGACCACUGUUUCUUAUAUAUUGUCUAAAACACACAGCAUUUUGUUGGAUGCUGAUGAGAAUGAUUUCUGGUAUCUUGCCGAUUACCUGAGUUCACCAGAUUUAAAAAUUUCCAAAGAAGCAAUUGGAGAUUAUUUUUCCUUUUUCAUUCUCUACUCUUUCCUUAUACCAAUCAGCUUGUACGUCUCUCUGUCUUUGGUUAAACUUAUUGGCACCUAUUCGUUGAUUAAUGAUCGAUCCCUCAUCAAUCCAGAAACCUUUGACCGUCCUAUUGUAAAUACUUCUGACUUGAAUGAAGAGCUUGGACAGAUUGAAUAUUUAUUUAGUGAUAAAACAGGAACCUUAACUCAAAAUGUGAUGAAUUUUAAAUGUGCCUCCAUUGAUGGGGAAAUAAUUGAACUCUCUAGUGAUGAUAGCUCCUUUAAUUUAAUCUCAUCUUUAACGGGAAAAAAGGCUGAAAAGGUUAAAGACUUUUUUGUUUCUUUGUGUAUAUGUAAUUCGGUGAGGGUCAAGAAACCUACAGUAACCGUUUCACCACCAAAAGAUGAUGGAUUGGAUUAUAUUGAACCGACAGGGACAUCCAAAGAAUCCAUUUCAUUCAACAUAGGAUGGGAAGGUGAUUCACCUGAUGAAACAGCGUUAGUUGAAGCUGCUGCUCGUUUUGAUGUCGUCUUGGAAGAUUCGGAUGAAAAAUUUUGUGAUAUUGUGGUCAACAAUGUCAGAAGUAGAUACCAAAAGCUCAAUAUUUUUCCCUUUGAUUCUGAUCGAAAGCGUAUGUCAAUUCUGGUUAAAUCAGAAACCGGUGAAAUAAUCUGGAUUUGUAAAGGAGCUGAAAAUGUCAUGAAACAAUUAACCAGUAAAGGUAAAAUCAAGGAAACGUAUCGACAUGUUGAAGAUAUGUCUAAAAGAGGAAUGAGAACUUUGAUUGUGGUCUCCAAAAAAUUAUCAGCUGAUGAAUAUCAAUCGUUUGCGGGGGAAUUUAAAGAUGCAUCAUUGAGUUUACAUAAACGUAAAGAAAAGAUGGAAAGUGUUAUGGCUAAUCAUGAGACUAAUUUUAGGAUAAUUGGAGCCACUGGAGUUGAAGAUCUGCUCCAAGAAGGUGUUGGAGAUACAAUUGCAGCUCUGAGACAAGCUGGAAUUAAGGUGUGGAUUUUAACUGGAGAUAAAACGGAAACUGCUGUAAAUGUUGCUUAUUCCGUUUCUUUGUUGGACAAAUCAAUCAUAAUGUUCAACUUGACCAAUUAUCAUGACACUGAAACAUGUUCCAAUUCAAUCAACAUUUAUCUCAAUCGCAUUGCCGCAACUCUACAUGGGACUGAAGUUAGUCCAGAAUCAAAUCAAUUUGCCUGUAUCGUUGAUGGUAAAACGCUAUUUUUAGCAAUGAAACAUUUAAAAUCGUCUUUCUGUCAACUCUGCCUUCAAUGUUCAGCCGUUGUUUGUGCUCGAAUGUCUCCGAUUCAAAAAGCAGAGGUUGUUCGGAUGAUCAAGAACUGUGAAAGUCGACCAGUAACAGCAGCAAUAGGCGAUGGAGCAAAUGAUGUUAGCAUGAUUCAAGAAGCAGAUAUUGGGUUUGGUUUGAUCGGUAAAGAGGGUCGUCAAGCCUGUAACAGUAGUGAUUUAGCUUUUGCUAAAUUUCGAUUCCUCAAACGAAUCGUAUUAAUUCACGGUCAUUACUAUUAUAUUCGUGUGACCAAUUUGAUUCAAUAUUUUUUUUACAAAAAUUCAACUUUGGUCACUCCUUUACUCUAUUACUCAUUUGAUAAUAUUUUUUCAGCUCAGACAAUUUUUCAUGGUAUUCUCCUGAUGCUGUUUAACAUGAUGUUUACAGCUUUUCCUGUUUUGAUUUACAGUAUUAUCGAGAAAAAUAUACCCGAAUCACUAUUGGAAAAGGAACCCCGAUUUUACUGGCUCAAUCAUAGGAAUCACAAUAUGAAUUCAAGAAAAUAUCUAACAUGGCUAGCUUUUGGCAUUUUUCAUGGAUCAAUUUGUUUUCUGACAAUCAAAUAUUUAUAUUUAAACAACGAAGAUAUCGUUGAUAAUAAGGCUGGUGGGAUCAUCAUUUUUGGUAAUAUGUCUUUUAUGGUGAUGGUCUGCGUUGUCAAUUUUAAGCUAUUAUUGAUGGCUCGUAUUAAUGGCUACCUUUUACCUGGCUCUGUGAUAUUGUCAAAUUUUUUAGUCCACUACUUUUAUUAUGUAUUCAGUCAACGCCACUGGGAUUUUUAUUUUGUUGAUGACGCUCUUUUCGGAUCAUAUCUACAAAUUGUACAGGAGCCUGUUUUUUGGCUUGUAUUCCUAUUGACUCUGGUUAUUUCAUUGAUUCAUGAGUGUAUUAUCAUGGAAUGGAAAAGAGCCUUUACUCCGACAAUUAAAGACAAAAUGGUUCUUUGAUGAUCAUUGAUCAAUAAAGAUUGGAAUGGUGAUAAAAAGGUGGAUUAAAGUGACCAUUUAACAUAUAGAUUAAAUUUUUACGCUCAAACGUCAAUUAAGAUAUAAUUUCCGAUGUAACCUGAGUUGAUAUCUGCAACAUAAAUAUACAUUUAGUUUUAUCGAUGAAAUGAAUACAUUGAAUGGGCAACCGUUCAAUUAGCGAGUAAAAGGUUUGAAAAACAGUUGAAUUUCCUUGAUAAGUUUGUAGGUCAGUUUAUGUUUAGUUUGAGCAAAAAUUUUACAAAAAAAAGAUAAAUUGCUUUGUUGGUUUUUUUAA